AAUAGUUUGAAAAGUUUCGUUCGCUCAGCCUGAUUACGCAAGUUACGUGCGCAGGAGCGUAAUAUCAGCGUGAUAUAGGAACAGUCACCUUCGUGCGGUUGGACGCUACUGCGUCCGACGGGCUCAACGUCCUUCGUGACAAUGAGCUCAACACGUUAUGCAACGAGGCGUUGCUCCGUGGAAGAAUGCCGAAGUGACAACCGCACGGCUGGCGUCUCGCUGCACCGGUUUCCUGUCGACACUCGAAGGCGUGAAGCAUGGGUUCGGUUCUCCAACAACCGGGGCCUACAGGGGAAGACUCCAUGGCAGCUACGAAACAUGGUUGUUUGCUCUUUACAUUUCAAGGCGUCAGCUUUCCUGCGGCCUGGAUACCUACGCCACAAUGCAGUGCCGACUGUGCUUGCCCCUGAAGAAACGACACGUGGCGAAGUUUCAAGCGAGAGCUGUACAGUUUCUGCAGUGGCAAAUGGAAGGAGUUCUCCAGCCCCACCGACCUACCGAUACCCGGGCCGCUCGGACUCCCAGAGUUCCUGUGGCAUUCCUGACGACCAGUCUUCCGAAAUGGAACUGUCCUUAGAAGAAGGGAGGAGUUCUCCAUCUUCAUCGAGCUGCACAUCCUCCAGACGCCCAGACUCGCGGAGUUCCUGCGGCAUUCCUGACGUACGGUCUUCCGAAAUCGAGCUGUCACUGGAAGAAGGGAGGAGUUCUCCAACUUCAUCGACCUGCACAUACUCCAGCCGCCCAGACUCGCAGAGUUCCUGUGGCAUUCCUGACGACCAGUCUUCCGAAAUCGGGCUGUCCCUGGAAGAAGAGGGAUGUUCGUCAGCUUCAUGGGACCACACAUAUUCCUGUCUCCCACUAGAGAACAGUCCACUGGAGGCUCAUGCUGAUCAUAGCUACGCCCUUCCUCAAAAUGCUGUUCCUGCUCACGAGUCCAGCGGAGACAUGGCUGACAUGGCGCCGUCGAUUUAUGGACCGUCACCUGAGGACUCUCUCUCUAGCAGUGCCGGUGUACUUUCUCACAGAGCAUCAAGCAAGGCCCGCAGCACUGACAAGAGAAAGAUGGACGCACUGAGGGCCAAGGUACGACAGGUCCGAGAACAAAACAAGAGGCUGCAAAGAAGGCUGCAACGACAGCGUCAGAUGAGGACUGUUGCUGAAGUUGUUGAGAGUGUCCGCAUUCAUGUUUCUCCAGCUGUCGCUGCACUCGUUGAGGCCCAGCUUAGGAUGAGGGAUGUGAGCCGGUUUGGUCGACGGUGGUGCAGCCAGAACAAGGCUUUGGCUAUGGGCCUCUACUUUCAUAGCCCAAAAGGCUAUAACUGGUAA